CGUUCUCAUUGGGAAGACAAUAAAAAAACUGUGAUUUAGUGCAAGCAGUCGACUCAAGGCUAAAGAUCGCUUAAUCAGGGAUUACCGACACUUUCUCCUGCGACGAACUUUGUCAACACGGCCGUUUUCCGGUCACUACUGCUGUGGGCUACUUUUCUGGUGUCUUUGAUCUUCGGAAUUAUGAACUUAAAGGAUGUCUAGAUAGCAUGCUGUUGGACAUUGUAUUGUUUUGAAGGUUCCAAAGUUUGAAUGAUACACUGAUAAUUCAAGGGAAAAAAACACAGAGAUGUUUUCAUUAUUUUAUGGGCUAUGGAAAUAUAUGUUCAGUAAAACAGAGUUUCAUGUGCUUAUUCUUGGAAUUGACAAGGCUGGGAAGACGACUUUACUCGAGAAGUUGAAAGCACAAUACUCAAAUGUAGAAGGUAUACCGCCCGAUAGAAUUGUACCUACUGUUGGAUUGAAUAUUGGACGAGUCGAAGUAUCAAGUAGGAAACUAGUAUUUUGGGACCUUGGAGGUCAGCCUGGUCUUCGAACAAUCUGGGAGAAGUAUUAUGAAGAGGCACAUGCUGUAAUGUACGUAGUUGAUGCUGCUAGCCCAUCACGUUUUGAAGAUUCAAAAUCUACACUUGAAAAGGUUCUUAGACAUGAGGAUCUGCAGGGAGCUCCUGUCUUAAUAUUAGCGAACAAACAGGAUACUUCUGAAGCUGCAACAUCUGAAGAACUUGGCCGAUAUUUAGAUCUGAAAAAAUUGGAUGAAAGGGCAUAUGCAUUCCAAGCUGUAUCAGCUUAUGAUGGGACAGGGAUUAAAGAAAGUAUUGACUGGCUAGUAGAGGUGAUGGAGAGAAGUAAAAGAACAGAAAUGCUGAUAGCCAGGGCUUCUUCAACAAACAUGGCUUCUGCCUAGAAGAAGAGAGUUGCAAACCUUCUCCUGGAUAUACCUUCAAAUUUUUCCAGGUUUUGUAAUUUUUUUUGUUGUAAUUAACUCAGAACUAAUCUUCAAUUGAUACUCAUAUAAAAUUAAAUUUCCUACACGACUAUCAAGCUAUUUCAAAAUGUAAUGCAGAACUUUUUUCACAAUCCCAAUAUCUAUAUGAAUUGUAUUUGUUAUUCUAGUUAA